AUGGCCCGUAUAGGGCUGGACAAGCUGGCACCGGAGCUGAUCGAGCUUCUGGUGAAGAACGCAUUCGACACGAACAAAGAGCAUAUGGGAAGAGGCUAUGACGUCCCCGAGACCAUCAAUUUUCAUACUUCGUCAGAGAAAGACGCCCAACUCGAACGUUUUCAGGUCUGGGGGGACCUUCUCAACCUGGCCGCCACCUGCAAAUAUCUGCGUCGCGUCGUCGCUCCCCUUGUCUGCCACUACGACAUUGAAAACAACUACACUUCUUCGUUGCUUAUUUCGGCCAAGCGGAACAACGUUGCUGGCAUUGCCAUGGCUUUAAGUCAUGGCGCGGACCCCCAUAUCGGAGAUCGGACGACAGCUGUAUCGUGGACCUUCGGUGAGCACAUCGGCCGCAAGGACUGGAAGGCCCUCAACCUAGAGGACCAAGCUACGCCCCUUCACUGGGCAGCCUUGAAUGGCCAUAUUGAGGCAAUGGAACUGCUUCUAAAGCACAACGACGCCAAUAUCAAUCACCGCGUGAGAAUCGAUACGAGCGUGGCUAGAUAUCGGAGCAUUGGUUGCAGAAGACGCGCGGCGAAGUUCUUGCAGGUUUUCCCCUUCCCGGAUAAGCCUGUUCAAGAGGUCACCGCUUAUAUACGCCACGGUCUAUGGGGAGUGGAUGACUCCAUCUGUUAUGAGACGAUUGAACAAGGCGCCAAUCCUCUUUACUUCGCCCUCUUGGCCGGUAAUGUCGAAAUGUCCGAGUUUCUUAUCAACGCAGGCUCUUCCAUGGACACCCAUCUUGGCACUGGCACCACCGCUCUGCAUCAAGCUUGUCAGAGGGGGAGCGUUGAGCUGGUGAAGCUUGUGCUCGACCACGUCAGCCCCAGAAUCGAGGACGCCAUGGGGAAUACCCCCGUUCACUACCUACCCGAUGAUGCGCCCGACAGAGACAGCAUCAUCGACCUCCUUUUGGCGAAAAGUGGAGAUGCAUUCGCAAUCGGGCUGGAACAUGAGGAAGUGGAGUAUGACCAACUGCUCCAUGUGUUCCAGAGGAAUAGACGUGUAAACAUUUGGUUUCAUACCAGAUUCUACGGAGAAGAGCCACGUGAUGAUCUGCUUGUCCGGAACGAUGGGCAGUGGGGGACGUUCUGGAGGCUGGAAACCGAGAAUAUGACCGUGGCAUCACCAAUUUUGUGUGGUGGUCUUGUCGCCGAGGAUGAGGACGAGGAGUUGGCUGAAGAAGAAGACGAUGCUCAUUUCGAGGAAGUUGGUCGCGAGUGGGACGAAGAAACCGCUUGA